UAGUAACGUUAAUUUCGAUACUAGUGCAGUUUAUAGAUUAAAUGGUACAACAGCUUGCCAUAAGUAUCUAAAAAAUAAGUACUAGUAACAUUUAAUUAGAUACUAGAGCGGUUUAUAGAUUUAAAACGGCUUGCCAUAGAUGACGCAGUCACAAUACAAGAUUUCAGUGAACUUUUUAGAAAGAAAGAAACCUGGAAAUUAUUAAAAAGUCCAAGGAAUGAGGAGAAAUCCCACUCCGCAAUAAUAUUCAAACUAUGUGGUACCCCAGGGUUUACUUUAGCGGACCUGAGCCACGUGAUGGGUUUGCUAUGACAAAGUGCUUCCCCUUCGAAAUAAGGAAAAGCUUCUGGAUAGACCACUCGUCCAUAACUAUUUUCCGUGUUCAUUUUGUAUUCUCAGAGGUCUUAAAAUGUGGUAUCCUUUCGUUGUGCUUCUUGUUCUCUCGUCUACAAUUGAUGUAUCAAACCAGGAUGUGAUUGAUAACAUACUAAUAAGUUUAUCCAAGGGAAUUACAUACUUUGACAUGCAGGGCAGAAACAUCAACCUGGAUGGUGUUGUUGGAUACCUAAUACUUCAAGCGCAGCUGCAGGAGGCAACGCGCACUUGGCCGAAUUCAGAUUUCCCGAGUCUCUCUCAGCGCGCAGCUGCUGUUUCUAUGUUGAAGAGACUGAACAAGAGCCUUUCUACUGCUGUCAUCGCUCUUCAGGAGUCAGACCCCAAAUACUUCAAAGAGUUUGAGCCCAUUUUGGAUAGUUCCUUUUGGUCCCUGCCUACAGAAUGGAGCUCCACCGAUCCCUCACUUGUUUAUACCUCAGUGAGGUCUAUGGAGUGCUAUGAUGAGCAGUUGAGUGACAAGUGCAUAACUCUCCUUCUAGGAACAUGGAAAGACAAUGGAACCCCAUGUAUUGUGACGAAGUCUUGUAGAGACACAAUGACACAGUUUGGAUGUCCACACUAUUCUUUGUCCCACCAGCUACUGUACUUCAUGAUAGGAACAAUGAAAGGGUGCUCCAAAAUGCUCAAAGGGGACCUGAGAUUGUCUCGUGUCAACAUAACUGUGGAACAUUAUAAGAGAAUCUUCUGCUCCAACAUGAUGAAAAGCAACCAGGAUAUUUUCAAAAAUGCGAUUACUGGCCAAAUGCAGGACAUCUUUAUAGAAAACAUCCUUUUAUGUGGUUUAGUGGGAUUCUCAGACUUCUAUAACUUGGACUGGUUACAGUCUAUUCUAACAUGGCAAGACCAAGAAGCAGGCUGUUUUGGCAAAGAAGAGGAUAUCUCCCAGAUCUUUGAAGAAUUCUUGGAUGCACCCCACAAACGGGUGAAAAGAAGAGAAAAAACACUGACAGAUGGCUGCUCAAGUCAUAUGACAGGAGUUGCAGUGAGUGCAUUAGGAGGUUUUCUCAACUAUUACCUUUCAGAGCAGGACAUAACGAAGAGACCCAUAAUUUAAGGGACAUGCUUUAUGAGCUAAUGGUUACAGACCCCAGUUUCCUUCUUUAUCAGAUUUUAUAGAUACAUUUGGGAUUUAUAAGUUUUCUGUGAAUGUGUAGUAGAUUUAAUGCUAUGUAGGUAAAACAACAUAAUUCAAAGAAAGGCAGAGAAAGGUGAAUUAUCUUGGAAAACCAAGAAAAUUUAUACUUUUUUAUCAUAUACAUUUCUUAUUCAGAAGAAAAAUAACCAAACUAUACAAUUUUAAUGAUAAUGAACUGUGCAUAAAGUGUUAAAUAUAGGCAUAUUCUAUUAUUUUACUGCAAACAGAGGUUGGUUUAAAUAAAUAAAAUGUUGUUGGUGAAUAUUU